AGGAUGGCCAUGAGCAACAUGAACAAGAUGUGAUGCUAACCCUGGAUCUGCAGCAGUACCCUCACCAUACAGAAUUUAUCAUUAAUAACCCUGUCAUGUUUCAACGUUGCACAACUAAUUAAUAUGGUUUGUCAGGAGCUCCUUUGAAAUAUUUCCCCAGCUGAUACCUCAUUAACCAGAGGGAAACAAUCUGACUUCAGCUACUCUGAGAAAUUCUCUAAGAAGUGCUGAGGAAUCAACUGUGCAAGAGGAGCUUUGUGAACAGCAGCCUAAGUGCUUCAGAAGAGAACAGGAGGCAGUAACAAGCACCACUCCCAGCCCCUGGGCAAAGCCCUUACCUUCAGCUGGCGGAUUGCGACCUGCGCGUGCGUCCCCACUGGCGUCAGCAGACCCAACCCAUCAAAGCGCGGCAGCUCUUGGGAACAGAGGGAGAAGUACAUUCCUACAUUCCUACAUCUCUGCAUCUGCGGCCUAUAGACUGCAACAAGAGAUCACAGGUCCAUUAUUGCGACUUUUGGACAAGAUGACAAAUAACAAAGCUGUUGGUAAAGUACUCUAAUAUACCUAGUUACAUACCUUUGGCAUCCCAUUGAAUGAAUCUCCUGAGCUGGUCCAUGAGGCCGUGCUGAUUUCAGUAAGGAAAGGAUGGAUAAGAAGCUGCCUUACCACUGUGAUCACUGCUAGGCAGCUGUGCUGUGGAGUAAACAGCAACACGAGCUGAGCCACGUGGAGGCAAGGGAGUAGCUUAUGGCUCCAGGUUUGUGCUUCACUGGACCUCACAGAUUUAAUUUUAGCAAGCUAUCUUUGGAAGAUGAAAAUAACGACAAAUCUCAAGAAGGCAUAAAUAAAGCCAGCAAAGGUGGGCUUAUCUAUGGAGAAUACCUACAACUGAACAAAAUAUUGAAUGCUCAAGAACUUGAGAGUGAGAAGAAAGGGAAAAAAAUCCAUGAUGAGCAUCUUUUCAUUGUGACACAUCAAGCAUAUGAACUUUGGUUUAAGCAGAUUUUGUGGGAAAUGGACUCUGUGCGAGUGAUCUUUCAAAAUGGUCAUGUAAGAGAUGAGAGAAACAUGCUGAAGGUUAUUACUCGAAUGAACAGAAUUUCACUGAUUCUGAAAUUACUUGUGGAACAGUUCUCAGUUUUGGAAACUAUGACUGCAUUAGACUUCUUUGAUUUCAGGUACUACCUAAGCCCAGCCUCAGGGUUUCAGAGCCUGCAGUUUCGCUUGCUGGAGAACAAGAUUGGAGUUCCCCAAAGCCUGAGAGUGCCUUAUAACAGAAGGCAUUACCGUGAUAACUUCAAGGGACAGGAUCAUGAACUGCUGCUUCAAUCAGAGCAAGAACCAACACUACUGCAACUUGUGGAGGCAUGGCUGGAAAGAACUCCGGGACUUGACUCAGAAGAAUUUGACUUCUGGGGACAAUUUGAAGAGAAUGUUUUAAAAGGCCUAGAAGAGGAAUUUGCCUUGAUACAGGCCAAAGCAGAAUCAGAAGAAAAAGAUGACUUACUGUCUGAAUUUCAAAAGCAGAGAGACAUAUUACUUUCAUUGUUUGAUGAAAAACGCCAUGAACAUCUGCUCAGUAAAGGGGAGAGGCGACUGUCCUACAAAGCACUGAAGGGGGCCUUGAUGAUCUACUUCUACAGGGAAGAGCCUCGUUUCCAGGUUCCAUUUCAGCUUCUUACCUCCCUUAUGGAUCUCGAUGUGCUCAUGACUAAAUGGAGAUAUAACCAUGUCUGCCUGGUGCACAGAAUGAUUGGUGGCAAGGCUGGCACUGGAGGCUCAUCAGGCUACCACUACUUGCGUUCCACAGUGAGUGACAGAUACAAGGUGUUUGUGGAUUUGUUCAAUCUUUCAACAUUUCUAGUGCCAAGACACUGGAUACCAAAGAUGAACCCAAGCAUUCAUAAAUUCCUUUACACAGCAGAAUACUGUGACAGCUCCUACUUCAGCAGUGAUGACUCUGACUAACCUGCCUUUCUAGGAUGUUGCUGUAAACAACCUCCUGACUUUCACCUUCAGUGGUGCUCCCAGCCAUUCCCACCAAGAUUGCGGGUGUGUAAAUAUGUAUUUAUGUAUGACAGCUUUGUGAAUAGUACAAUUGUCCUGUGGAAGAAAUUAAUUGCUUGUAGAAAAAAUAAAUCUGUAUUGAGAUAGCCUGUGUUAAGAGUAAAAUGAUACCCCAAUUCAACUCAGGGCAAAUUUAACUCUUGGCUGGCUUUUUAAAGCCUGCACCUAGAGAAAGGGAGAAAAGUACAUGCAGUUAUUAUGAUCAUGACUUAUUUGUACAUAUUUUUGUAUUUGCUUGUUUGCCUAAUGGCUGCCGCUAAUUUAUGACUACUUAAGGAUAUAAUCAAUCUCAUCACCUUCAGAAGAAUAUUCAUUUCUGAGCUCUGGUGCAAUUUCAAAAGGACUUUUGAGUUAAAAAGUUUCCAAAGCUAGAUUCAAAAAAGUAAGUCUUGAAUCUACAGAAACCAAACCAUCCCGAACUUAUAAUAUAUCAAGGAUCAUGCUGCUAUCUCUUUACAUGUGAAUGUAAAUCCCUUACACAGAAAUACUGUUAAAAAUAGCAGAUAUAAGAACUUACUUUGCAUUCCAAAUAAAGCAGUAUUAAAGCUCA